AUGACUCUAAACACGGCCACGUUGCUCCACAAACGCACGCUCAAUCGUCGGUGCUGGUGGGACCAACAAGGUGUCCGCAGGUGUGAGGGCCUUCCUGUCGGUGCUAUCGUUGCCAUUGCAUUGGCCAUAGUCCUGAUAGUCAGCGCAGCGCUCACACUGGCGUGUCGGACUCAAAUACGAAAGACUUGCUGUGGCCAUCGGAGCAAACCAAAACGACGAGGAAGAGCGCUGGCGCAGCGCAGCUCUAGCACAAAGACGCGGAGCGAGCUGGCAGAGGAUGUCGAGUCCAAUGCUUCGGUCAUCGGUGAUAGUGGCUGGCAGACCAAUGCGGACACUUUUGUCAGCAGCGAUGGUCGGAGGCCGCUGAUGGUCGAGGAUAGCACCAUGCCUCGCUUGCCUACGCUGUCAUAUGCAUCGGGAGGUGGCUACCUAUCUCGCGAUGCCACGGACGCCGUCACGGAAGACACCGCUGUCUCUCGCGAUCAGGAUGUGUUCCCUUCACCGACGCUGCCGACCGUGCCCCAGCCAGCUGCUAGGCUGGACGCUGAUGGAGCGCGACGCAACUCUCGUCAAGCUUCGCUGAGCCGGAACAGCAUGACCAGUCAGUCAUCCAAAAGCAAGAGUCACAGGAGGUCAGCCUCUACUACAGGCGCUGCAAUAGCACCGCCACCUAUGAGGGGAUGGCCUGCAGGUCUGAUAGCUGCCAGCUCGAGACCGCCUUCGAGCGGUCAAGGACGCGAGAGGGAAAGUCACAGCUCCAACGCCCACUCCCAACGCGCUAGGCAGUCUGUGUCCAGCUCGAGAAGGAGCAGCACCCACGCGGCUUUGCCCUCUUCGACCUCCACGACCAAGCCGCGAGGCUCUGGUGUCGAUGUAACAUCGAAGAACCAAAAGAAAAUGUCGGCAUCUAAAUCUCUACCAACCUCACCGGAGAUAUCUCGUCGAAGCUUAGAAGACGACUGCGCCUGA